AUGAAUAUCUCAAAAUCAAAAAAUUCUGUUCCCUAGGACAAACCUCUCAAAAGUCCCUAACCAGAUAUACUAUCUAUGCCCAUGCAACCAUUAAGAAUUGAUAUGCUCCUCAACUCCAAAAAUAAAUUGGAAACCCAACAAUCAACCAAAGCAUUAGAUAUAGUCAAAUAAAUGCAUCAAAGUAGUACAGGAAAUUUAAAAUUGGAUACCUCUAUCAACAAAUCAAAAGAACAUCUAUUAAAGAAAACUCCUACUAAAACAACUGCUAGUUUUCAUUAUGAUAAAACUCCUGACAAUUCCUAAAUAAAUUAAUCAUAUAGUCCUCACACUCAUGCUUGCUUAAAACCAUAACUUAAAUAAUCAGAAGAAUAAUUAAAUAUCAAGAAUAUUUCUUCAUAAAAAUCCCUUUUGUAAAAAGAUCAAAGCGAUAGAAUAGAGUAACUUAAUUUAUUAUUGAGAGAGUAAAAAUAAUAAAUAAUGCAAAAGGAGCAAGAAAAUUAAAAAUUAUAAGAGGCUAACAUUCGUUUAAAUUAAGAUAAUCAAAAAUUAUAUACUCAAACAGAGGAAAUGUUAAAGGAUCUUGAGUAUAUGAGAUCUAAUUUUGAGUAAUAAAAUAAGGAUUUUAAUCUUCUAAAAUAAUAAAAUCAACAAUUAUUAGAAGAUAUGAAACUAAUACGAAGUGAGAGAAACAAAAUGAUUAAUAAUAACAAUGAAUAACUUUUAAUUUAAAAAAAUAAGGAAAUUUCAUAAUUGUAAAGUGAAUUAAAUGAGCAUAAACAACUGCUAUUAGCUAAGGAUUCAUCCAUUCAACAUUUGAAACAUUAGUUUGAAAAUUUAGAAUAAUAAUAAUAUGAUAUAAUGAAUAGGUUGGAAUAAAAGUAAGAUGAGCUAUAAACAUUAAAACAAUAACAAUAAUUAAAUAUUCUAAAUCAAAAGAAAAGCAAUUAAUUUGAGUCUUUAUCAAGAAGAUCAUCUGUGUAAAACGAUGUCUUAUUGUAUCAGGCUCAAUUAGAGCAAUUACAAAAAGAAAAAGAAAUAUGUGAAUAAAAAUUAGUUGAAAUGUAAACUGUUAUAAAUUAAUUCUUAUUAAAGGAAAAGAAGGUAAACCAACCACCCAAUAAUUCCGUUGUUUAACAAAAAGAAUUUAAUAAAAUGAAACAAAUUAUUUAAAUCUAAAAAAGAUAAAUUGAAUCAUAAUAGAAAACCAUUAUGAAUUAGCAUUAUGAAAUCUAAAAUCUAUAAACUUUAUUGUAUUGCUCUAAUGAAUAAGACAGUUAAUUUAACAAAAAGACAUUUGAUUCCAAUGAUGCAGAUAAAUAUUCACUGUAAUCUGCAGAUAUAUAUCAUCAUAUAUAAGAAAAAGAAAAUGACAGAAAUAGCUUAAGCGAGCAUUUAGGUGCUCAUCAUCUUACCUUUUAAUAAUAACAAGGAUCUAAAUUUAUUAUGGAAGAUACUUUUAGAAAUUUAGACAAUGAAUUAAACUCGCAUAAUACUAUAACAGAUUGA